UGGUAGUGGAGCGGUUCUCAGAAAUGCACAAGGAUAUUUGUACAAUGGUGACUAUGAUGUUUGAAGAUGAGAGUCUUAUGAUGUCACUCCGGGAUGCAAAAUACGACCUGGUUCUGACGGAUCCUGCUUUUGGAGGUGGGGUGUUUCUUGCACACCGGCUUCAGUUGCCACUGGUGUUGAAUGUGAGAUGGACUGUGCGUGGAGAGGCUCACCUCGCCAUUGCCCCGUCCCCUCUCUCAUACAUCCCCUUUCCAGGGGCUGAGCUGACAGACAAGAUGACUUUCUUUCAAAGACUGCACAAUGUAAUGAUUUAUGUGAUCAGUCAGUCCCAUUUCAGUCAAAUGACUGAACCCCACUACACUGCUCUCGCCAAACGUUACUUUGGUCCUGACGUCGACUACUUCUCCCUGUUCCAGGAUGCCGACAUCUGGCUCAUGAGGAAUGACUUCACCUUCGAGUUCCCACGCCCGACUAUGCCCAAUGUGGUGUACAUGAGUGGGUUUCAGUGCAAACCUGCUAAAGCACUUCCUGUUGACCUGGAAGAAUUUGUCCAAAGUUCAGGGGAACAUGGAGUCAUCAUCAUGUCCUUGGGAACUGUGUUUGGUAAGCUCCCAAGUGACAUCACUGAGGAGAUUGCUGCUGCUUUUGCGCAGCUUCCCCAAAAGGUAAUUUGGAGACACCAAGGGCCAAAACCAUCCACUCUUGGCAACAAUACCUUACUGGUGGAUUGGCUGCCCCAAAAUGACCUGCUGGGCCACCCAAAGACCAAAGUGUUUGUAGCUCAUGGAGGCACCAAUGGUGUCCAGGAGGCCAUCUACCAUGGUAUUCCAAUAGUUGGCUUGCCUUUGGUUUUUGAUCAACCUGACAAUCUAUCCAAGAUGGUAGCGAAAGGAACAGCAAAGGUGGUGGACAUUGCUACCAUGGACAGAGCAGUGUUUGUGGAGGCGCUAAGGGAGGUGCUGCAUGAACCAUCCUACAGGGAGAACAUGCAGCAGCUUUCCAGGAUCCACCAUGACCAGCCCAUGAAGCCUCUGGACCGUGCCAUCUUCUGGAUCGAGUUUGUGAUGAGGAACGGUGGCGCCUCUCACCUUCGCUCACAGUCCUUCAGGAUGUCCUGGAUUGUUUACCAUUCGGUAGACGUAAUACUGACACUGAUGACUGCUCUUCUCCUCUUCCUACUGAUUGUCUUCCUGAUCAUCAAGAAAUGCCUCUCAGUCUUAGUUAGGAAGAAAAUGAAACCUGAAUAGUAGGCCAUUAUAGUUUAGUUUUGUUCAGUGUUUAUGUAGCAGGGACAGUGCACAACAUAUAAUUGAGCCAGAUUAUAGCCACGAGGCUGAUUUUCAUCUGUAGUCCCUGACAGGAAGUGGUGUUGAGUUAAAUAGAGGAUUAAAAUGAAUAAUACCACAAAAAUAUGACAAAACAAGUAAUGGGUGUACUGUGUGCAAUUACAGGCCUACAGUAUAUUGCAGGGGCAAGUAGGCAUACAUGAUUAAAAAGAUAAACUAAAGAAACAAAAAAUAUGAUAUAUGAUAAAGUAAACACAAUGACACAAAAACACAAGAUCAAUGACCAAAAUGUCCACAGUGCUGCCCUGCUUUUAUCAAUUUCUUAUGACCUGAUUUAAAACUACUGAAUGUGUUUCUUUGAUAAUUACAGGAAUACUAUUCCAUAGCCCUGAUGUGUUUACUGAGAAGGCACUUUGGCCAAAAGUGGAAUUUCUAAACACACUUAAGCAGUCCCCUCUAGAUGACGCUCUUGUAGUCCUUGUAUUAUUUGUGGAUCUGCUCAGACUCACAAAUUGCUUAAGGGGAGGGGCAAGAUCACUUAUAAUUUAAAAAAAUAAAUAGGGAAUAUAUCGUACUCAGUUGCUCAGUUCUUCACUCAAAGGAAGAAGAAAUAACUGAGUGUGAUCUAUUCCCUAUUUACUUGAUUACUUUAGAGAUGCACCAACAAGA